UGUAAACUUUCUAAUGUUAGUUGUUCUGUAACGCAUGCAAGCAAAACCCACGAAGAUUUAGGGUUUCGCAUUGCUACUUCGCGUUCGUUCAUCUCUCUCACGCCUCGUUUUAAAAUUGGCUAUUGUUGUUAUUGUUGGUUUUGGUGGUGCAGAAGAUGUUCAAGAACACAUUCCAAUCUGGAUUUCUUUCCAUUUUGUACAGCCUUGGGAGUAAACCUUUGCAAAUAUGGGACAAAGAAGGCUGUCACUCGGGUAAAGCCCUACAUGUGCACUAUGCCACUGAGAAUGGAUGAGGGGUGGAAUCAAAUCCAGUUUAAACUGGCUGAUUUCACCAAGAGAGCAUAUGGUACUAAUUAUGUGGAGACACUGCGAGUUCAGGUACAUGCAAACUGUCAACUGAGAAGGAUUUACUUCUCUGACCGCCUCUACUCUGAAGAGGAACUCCCUCCAGAGUUCAAAUUGUACCUUCCAAUGCAGAAAUCAUGAAAAAAUGGGAGUUUGGAGUUGUAGCCUGGAGAAAUUGAUGUGAUUUUAUAUCCGUACUACAUAUAGUUCUACUAGUUGACUUUAUUCUAAACUUUGUAUCUAUGUUGUGCUAGAUUAAUAUUGCUCGUUCAAGUAACAUUAAGUUGUGUAGGGUGUUCUGAUGCUUGUCUAAUAUUCGAAGUUGACUUUGAUGAUGAUUGGUGUCUUUGUAUGUUAGUUUCUAACCAAAGAAAGGAUGAUAGUGUUAUAAAUGCAUUGCAUUAAUAAUA